UUCAGGCGCGGCAGAGCCUCGCCAGGUGAUGUCAACUUCGGCGAUCAAACUCUUCUUCAUAGGGCUAGUAAUGUGCGUGGCCACUUAUGGCCUGAUCGAAUGUCCGAGAUUUGGGUACGGUUCAUGAAGGAACUUGUACUUAUGGGCGUACCCCUCAACGAAAGUGGAUGUUUCGGUUCGGCUCUGUCACGGUUUCUUGAGCUCCGUAGAAGAAAGCGCAUGGAGCAUACGAAGAGGACUUCACAAGAUCUACCAACAGCCUCGUUGGCCCUUGCAAAAGGAUUAAUUCAACUAGGUGCUCUAUAUAUCGAUCGCCUAACAUUCGGUUUAGAAUCAGAAAACCUAGUCAUCGUAUCGGAAUGGAAGAUUUUGACUUUACCUGAUAUCUACCAGUGUUUCUCGUGGCAUCUUGAUGGGUUUGAUUACGGUGCAUUGUCCUCUGCGCUUUUUCAAAAGUCAGAACCGGCUCUCCGAAGGAUUUUGAUGGCAUCGUCAUCCAUUAUGAUCGAGCGAUGCGACAACGAUCAGACUCCUCUUCAUGUGGCCGCUUACUGGCCCAGAGGUCUCCAACUGCUUUUCGAAUUGGCUGGAGAUGCCUGUCGGCAAAUCAUUGAUCUCGAAGACGCUUCGCAACUCACGGCAAUUCACUCGGCCGUACUCUUGCAUCAAGUAGACUCCGUCAAAUUGUUGCUUGAACAGGGGGCCAGUAUCGAUCUUGAGAACAGUGCUACAUUCUUUGGACACCCUUAUACUCUCGACGCUGAUUAUCAGAGUCAGGAAAUUAUCGACUUGUUGUGCGAUGAACUAGCCGUUCGCAGGAGAGAGAUGUUGCGUUUUGCAAGGAAAACCUUGACGGUGCAAGAACUGUUCGCCCUGGGCACAACGAAACAAACCAUGCUUCAAGCGAACGCGUUUGAAGUUCUCCAGGCACUUCAGGCCAGAAAUAUCGACAUACCUUCAAUCUUUCAGCGAGUCCGACCUGGAUCAAUCUACCAUUCUCCGGUGAUGAAUGGUCAAUUGACGGAAGGUUUAUACCGCUCCGGUUUCGAAGGGUUCAACUCCGCAUUCAAUGGUUGGAUCCCGCUAGCAACCAUGAGGAUAUUCGGUGACUAUUUCGAGGCAAAUCCUGACGAUUUAUUGAACUGUAUCGCCUGGUUUGAAGCUCACGGGGUUGACAUUAAGCAUGCCAUCCCUACUUUUAGCUGCAGUUCGAACGAGACAAUACCUUCAUCGUCUGCGUCUCCUACUACUCUUCUUCGAUUGGCCACUGCUUUUGGGAAAAUGUCAAAACUUCCAUGCUGCAUUAACUCUUCCGACCCUACUAUCUACCAUGUCAAGAACAAGUCACUUCUUACACGAAUCCUUUCUGAUACAUCUAGAGACGGUUGCAAAUGUUAUUGCUCAAGCCGAGGGUGUAGUCCAGCCUCCGCAUUCGCCAAGGCUUGGCCAGGAGAUGACAGUUAUGUCAGCGAAUACUGGAUAUUGAAUGACUUGUGGAAUACCUUUUCAACCAUUCUGCAUAUUUCGCGCCAACAAAAUCCGCAACCUUUGCUAGAUUUUGUACGCGCGACGACGUUUGAUUUCCUCGGUAUGAGCCAUACAUGCUGCAAGUAUAAGAAGUGGCGGAAAUACAGGAGGAAGACCGAUAUUUGGCCGACAACUUGGAAGUAUUUGAUGGAAGAACUUGCUAUUAGGUUGAUAAAUCCAAGUUUUGACCUAGGAGACUUUGGGAACUAUUGGCGCACACGAGUGGAAGAGGUUGAGGGAACGAAAGAAAAGUUGACCUGUGAGGAUAUACGCGCGAUCCGAGAAAUCGGUAUCAGUUUAAAAUGA